AUGACGUCACGGCAAACCCCCCCCACCGGGGGGGCGUGGCGGGGGGGGAGGGGUCAGGGCUUUGCCCGCCGCCAGGCGUGGCUGCUGGAGCAGUUCCGCCUGCUCUACACCGUGGGUUACUCGCUGUCCCUUGUCGCGCUGCUGGUGGCGCUGCUGCUGCUGCUGCUGCUCAGGCGCCUGCGCUGCACGCGGAACCUGAUCCACGCCAACCUCUUCGUGUCCUUCGCGCUGCGCGCCGCCGCCAUCCUGACGCGGGACGCGCUGCUGCCACACCCGGGCCACCAGGGCCACCAGCCGGGCCACCAGCCGGGCCACCCCCUGACGCUGCUGGGCACGCAGGCGGGCCCCGCGUGCCGCGUGGCGCAGAGCCUGGCCCAGUACUGCGUGGGUGCCAACUACGCGUGGGCCACGGCCGAGGGGCUGUUCCUGCUGCGGCUGCUGCUCGCCAGCCCCGGGCGGCGCU